UUUUUUUCUUCUUCAACAUCAACUUCUUCUUCAUCAUUUUCAUCAUCUUCAAUGUCACCCUCCUCCUCUUCUUCUUCUUCUUCCAAUCAACUCAAUUUUGAGGACAAUUUCUCUUUUGAUUAUCCAUCAUGUAGGUCAAAUUGUUGGUCUCCCCCUCCUCCAUCUUUUUAUUGUUCUUCCUCAUCCUAUUCAUUAUCUCCUCCUUUUUAUUAUUCUUCUUCCUCAUCAUUAUCUUCUUCAUUAUACUCUACAACUUCCUUAGCAUCCUCCUUCUCAGCCUCCUUUUCUUCCCCUUCCGUACCCUUUUCCUCUUCAAUGUAUUCUCCCUCUUCCCCCUCUUAUUCUUCAAUGUCUUCAUCAUCUUCUUCCUUUUCACUAUUUUCCUUCUCUUCUUCCUCUUCCCUUCCACCUCCCUCCUCUUCAAUUUCUUCCCCUUCCUUCUCCCCUCCCUCUUCUACAUUACAUCAUUUCCACCACAUUUUAACACCCUCAACAAAACAACAACUACUUCAACAACCCCAAUUUCACUCAACCAAACUACCCCAAACCCAGCAACAUUACAAAAAUCAACAACUUUCAUCUAUUUUGAGUCCUUUUCAAAAAUUUAGGAAUCGCCUAGUACAAAUCAGCCGUCGUAUAGGACAAUCACAACAACGAAGAAAAUUUUCAUUAAGAAAUUGUGGAGGAAUAACAAAAACAACAACUUCAAAAACACUUAAAACAACGAAAAAUAAAUACAAAAAUAAAAUAAAAAAUAAUAAAAAAUUAAUAAAGAAUUUGGCUCCAAUUGAUAAAUGGCAACAAGAAAUGAUGAGGGGGAAGAAUUUUAAAUAAAUAAAAAGAUUAAAAAUUGAUGUAAAAAAAAAUUUUUUUUUGGUUUUUAUAUGCCUUGUAUA